AAUAAAAGCAAACACCAAGCAGUGCAGCAUCACAUUGGUAACAAAACAACAAAACAGGGUACGUUCAUGACGCUUGCAUACAAAACUCAAAAGAUUUCUGGGCUCAACACCCCACUAAUCACUCUCACACUCACCUGCUUCGACUUCAUUUCUUAGCCAACAAGUUUCCUCAAAUAUAUAAUAUAAUUAUAAACCCACGUCAAAAUUCUCAUAUUAACUUCACUUAUCUUGUGCGAACAUUGUCGUCUUUCAGAGUUGAGGCCAUGAGGCAAAACAGGAAACAGAGCAUUGUGAACUAUGGGUACGAACCCUCUGCAGACGAAGACGAUGGUAGUUAUGAGAAAUCGGAAACUGAAAGAGCGGUUCCGGUGGAGAUUUUUCGUCGGAGAAACAGGAAAAAACGCCGAUUGAAAAAAAAUGGCUGUAAUUUACAGGAUCCGUUAGUAGUAUGUGGUGGCGAUAUCAUGUUAAUGAUAUUGAGCUUUCUCGACGCACACAGUGUGGCUUCAUCACUUGUUGUUUCUUGUAGAUGGCGUAGAGUCGCUUGCAGUGAUUCCAUUUGGUCUGAAAAGAUCAAAGAGCUAUGGGCUGACAAAGCUCAUCUACCUCGUUUUGCCCAAGUUGAGGGGUUGUCAAAGUUGUCUGCUUACACCUUAUCCAUUCAAGAUGGCAAACGGAGUCGAAUCUUGAAGGAAGAUCUGUGGGAUCAUGUUUGGGAGUUUCACUUUAAAGAGGCACGUGUUUUUUAAUUCUGAUGUUUCUUUAUUAAAAUGACUAAAUGCAAGAAAUAGCAACACAAUUAUAUUUGUAUCUUUAUAAUUUUAUUUGUAUGUUGAGAUAUGUAGGUAAUAACGUUGUAUUAUCAAUUUCUUUUUUCUGAUUAAAACAUUUUACUUUGAACAAUCUACCGGUUAUAGCAAAUGAAAAUUACUUUGUAAAUUAUCGUUAGAUGAUAUUGAUAUAAUUCGCUAUAUUUUUCAAAGUACAAUGCUUUACAAAAAUGAACAUAGGAUGCUAUAACAAAAAGAAAAUGCAAGUUGGAUGCUAUAAUAAAGGGCUAAAAACAAGAAAUAACAAUGUACUUCCUCUUCCUAGGUUCAUUUCUUUUAUUGUAAUUUCGUUUUUUUAUUAUUAAGGCAUUGUACUUUGAAAAAACCUCCAAAUUAAAUGGUUUUACUUCCAUCUUUAGUUUUUAUUAAAGAAUUAUACUUUAAAAAAUAUACCCAAUUAUACCACUUUGUAGUCUAGUCGGAUAAUAAUAUAUAACCCUAAGAUUUCCUCCAUUAUUCCAAAAUCAUAUAAUUUUAUUGUUCGAUUUGAUUCAGAGUGUCCCAGAAUACUGGCGGAAUUUGGAUCCAUAUUGGAGAGGAACAGGGCCACCGAUGCAUCGCUACUUCCAUGAAGAUGGAAGCCAAACUGCUGAUGUUGAUGAUAAGGUAUGGGGAGGCCAUGAAUGCUGUUACUCCAUUGUUACAAGCUUCUUAGCAGAUGGAAGAAUUCGGGAACAUUAUGUAAGAAUCAACAGUUGGCCACAACUUUCUAUAUCGAGGAGGCAUGAUUGGGGUUGGGAAAUGUCAAAUGGCCUCUAUUUAUACUCGAGUGUUCCCGAUACUUAUAAGCCAGGUGGCACUGGUCCCUAUCUUCCUGUUCAUUAAUUAAUUUGUGUUUCUUGUUUUGUUUACCAAGUUUGUUUGGUUAUAGGUUUUUGAAUAUUUUAGAUUGAUUUUGCUAGUUUUUUUUUUUUUUUUUUUUUUUGCGUUCAAUAUGUGUUUAUUUGGUUUUUGGAAAUUGCAAUGACUUUUUUAUUUUUUGAGGAAGAUUUCAAGUUGAAAGUUACAUAUUCGCCCAUUACCGUUGAUUUAGAAGAUGUAUUUGGUGAUCUUUAUUGAUGACAAUUUUAAGUAUUUGAGUAACAUAAAGAUUUUACUUGAACUAUGUGCAUUGUAGAUGUUACAAUAUGAUUUUACAUGUCAUAUGUUUCAUUUGAUUGAUUAGUAACUAU